AUCCAUCAGCUGGAGUAAAAAAGUGGGGGAUCAAAUAUACAUCUGUCAGAUGGUGUACCUAGAGGGAUUAGAUAUACAUCCAGAACUCCUAGAGGUUUCAUUUUGACAGAAAAAAUGUGACAAACUUCAACUUUGCAUUACUGGUACAUAUGCAACAAAACUGAUGAAAGUUUGCAAGUGCCUUCAUAUAUACAAUUUUGAUUGUGACUUACAUGCUAGGAAGUGAAAUAUUCCAGAAUCAAGUUGGAUUAAGAGGUGAAAAAUUGGCCUAUAUGGUGUGGCAAAAUAUGAUUUCUGGAAAUUUAAGGGAAAGAUACAACUAGAUCCAUUCACUAGGAAAAGAUGUCGGGUGGUACACAGAUGGAGGCAGGGCAGCUGCUCAAGUGUGGGGAGGGCGAGUUUGAGAAGUCUAUACAGGAGAUGUCCCUCAAGAACCUGCUGGACACCAUCUCCAUACUACAGAAGGAGAUGAGCCGUGAACAAGCAAGCUUUAACUCACAGAGUGCACAACUGGCCACACUGAACAAGAACUCACGUCAAUACAAACAGAUCUCCAAGGAGAUGAACACGUCCCAAACCCGACUCACCAUGCUCAUGAACCGCAGCAUGAAGUGCUUCCAACAGCAAGGGAACCAACAUGUAAAGGCUGCCGCCUCUAGCCCGCCUGGGGUUCAGCGCCACAACUCCAAUGUCGUGCCAAAGGAGGGUGUUCAGGGAACGAGUGUCCAACGCCGUCAUUCCUCCAAAGUGUCGGCCACGGACGGUGAAGUCAUCAAGAGUGGGUUUGACACUAAAGUGUCCACGCAGAACACGGGACCAAAGAAGCCUGUCAUCUUACAGCCCAUAGUAAACACUAGUAGAAUGCCUGGUAUGGGUGUUGCCAACAGUAAGGUAACCACUACCAAUGGUGUAAGCGAGACGAGUACGGUGUCCACCUCUGUGUCAUCAAUUUCUGUAAAGUCUGACUCAAAAUCUACAGACCCCUGUCCGGCUCAUUCUAACAUUGUGACAUCCACUGCCAGUGUCCCCGUCUCCUCACUGACCAAUGGCACCUCCUCUACUGUAGGGUCGUCCUCAACUAAAUCCAGUGGUAUCACUUCUACAAAUACUGCUCCGGUUUCUAGCUCGUCCAAUGGCAAGAGAACAUCCAUCUUAAACUUUGGAGUAAAAAAUACUGUACAAAAUUUAGAGAGGAAAUCUGUUGUAAAUGUGUCAACAUCCCAAGUUGUAACAAACGGUACAGGGACAAGAUCCACAACUUCAAGUACUUCCAGAGUGGUUGUAAAACCGGUCAGUGUAAAAGGUAAGACCAUCGUGUCUACAGCAAGUGCUGUUAGUAAACCUGUGGUGUCCAGUGUUGUCACCAAGCCAGCUACAACUGCAGUUGUCACCCAGCAAGCUACAACUGCAGUUGUCACAAAGCCAGUACCUAGUGGAGUUGUUACUAAAACUGUUACAAGUAGUAUACAAGUAUCAUCAGAAGCCACUAAAAAGAUUCCAGAUGCACCUGUUGUGCCAGUGAUGAAAAAAGUUUCCCAACCUUCCAAGUACAGCCGACCCCCUAUCAAUGAGCCAGUGGAUCCUCGAGAGCAGAUGCUUAAUGCGAUACGCAGUUUCAAAAGACCCGCUGAUGCACCCAAAGUGGAACCAAUAAGGAAAGCCCAGGCUACAGAGGUCAAGCUAAACAUAACGCAAGGAAAGCCAGCUCAACCACAGAAAGAAGUACCAACUACUCUUCCGCAACAAAAAGUAGUUCCUGUCUCAGUUCAGCAGCAGAAAACUGCUCCAUUUUCAAUUCCUCAGCAAAAUGUAGUUCCUGCUACAGUGAAACAACAGACAGUAGCUGCAGUAUCUGUCAAAACAAGUGAAAAACCAAAAGAACCAGAGAAAAAGGAGAAAGAAACAGUAAUACUGGAGUCCAAGUCUGUUGAAGAUAAGACUGUCGGGGCAGAACCAAUCAAACCUAUAGACAGCAUGGUCACAAAAGAUAAACUAAAGGUCACACAGCCUACAGCCAAAGUCACUGAUGAUAACGAAGAGCUGUCAGUGACACAAGGUCCUUCUCAAACAACCACAGAAGAUGAAGCGGAAUCAGAGGAGGACAGACCAGAGGAAAAGUUUGUAAGCUCGGUGACAUUCACCCACAAACCUUCAAAACCAACAGAAAUUGUGAAGCCAAAGACGAAGGUUCAGGCCCCAUCACUAGCUGUGUCAUCAGUUGUUGCUCCAUCUCCAGCCUCUGUACCAGUGCCAACUGAGCCCAAACAAGUGGAUGCUAGAUAUGAAAUGCACAUCAGUGAUGAGGAGAAUAGAGGGUUGGCUAUAGAUGAGGAUGAGGAUGAUGAAGUCCUCCCAACAAGGAUCAACCUGCGGGACUGGAACCCAACCAAGCUAUUAUGUGAUCUAUAUACAGUCAAACUGGCUAAGGAGGAGGUAGAAGAUGUGUCGGACAAGUUUGUUGGGAUGGAAGGACUCAUGGAGAAGUUACCGAUGAAUAAGAAGAAGGCCACACUCCUGAAGACAUGGAAGCGCAGGUUCUUCAGAGCCAAGGAUGGCUGGCUCCAUUACUUUGAGACCAACAACCGUGACCGGCCGAGUGACAGUGUCCAGCUGAUGGGAGGUCGUGUAGAUGACCUUGGCAACAGGAUUCUGGGGAUUGAUGACGGGAGGGGAAGAUACCUGAUGGUUCGCUGUCCUACAGACACGGAGUACGGCCAAUGGAAACUGGCACUGGAGUCUCAGACCGUCGACAAUGUCGGGGCCACCUAUGUACGCCCAGUCCUAAAAUCUCCGCCAAACCCAAGACGGAAGGUGGUACUGAUAGAUAUUGGCAGUUGUAGCAUCAGGGCUGGUAUCCUGGGCCAGGAGGCCACUGUUCCCGAGGUUUUCUUUCCCAGUAUGGUAGCCAGGAACAAGGACAGUGGAGAGAUUCAUAUAGGUACCAAGGCGUACCACCCCGACAUCAGAAAGACCUCCGCACUGAUGAAGGCUGUCCGACCUACCAGUAAAAUGGACAAGUCUGAAAGCGUCGAUCAUAUGAAGGCAUUCAAUGUUGACACUGAGGUGAUGCCGGCUGUCUUACAGAAAAUAUUUACUGACCUGAACAUUGACCCUUCAAAAUACUGGAUCAUGAUGAGUACACCUCAGAACCUGGCUGACCAGCUGAAGGCUGCACUGUUUGAGAUUCUCGUUGGUCAGUUCCAAGUUAAGGGGGUAUGUAUGGUGAUGCAGUCCCUACUGGCUCUUUACUCCUAUCAGAAAACUUCCGGCAUAUUGGUGGACAUCGGUCAGCGCAUGGAGAUCCUGCCCAUAUGUGAUGGUUAUGUAAUUGAGGGUGGAGUUUCUCGCCAGUCCUACGGAGGUCAAAAGGUCGAGGAUUGCCUGAACAAUUCCCUAACAGAGAACAAGUACGUGUUUGUGACACCAGUGGAGCAGCUGAUUGUACGACACAUCAUGGAGCAGUCGUGCUACGUGGCUGAAGACUACGAUGACAGAGAGAAGAAGUGUGUCAGUGACCCGGAGAGCUGUCAGUCUACAGUCUUCCUAGACAAGUACGAUCUACCAGAGGGCUCCCACAGGACGGUGACCCAUGACCGCAGCUGUUACCAUAGUCCAGAGGGCUUCUUCAACACGGAUCUGUGGGGCAUGGACUACCCCUGUGUCCAUAACCUGGUGUUCAAGGCCAUACAAUUCUGUCCCAUAGACAGCCGCAAACACAUGUACAGGGCUAUCUACCUGAGUGGAGGCGUCACCAUGAUGCCUGGAUUUGCUGAACGCCUUCAGAAGGAGCUCAUUAAACUGGCUCCUCCAUCAGUUAUUGUUGAGGUACAUGCCUCGCCCCAUCGUUACCAUGCUGCUUAUAUCGGAGCCUGUAGCCUGGCCAAUAUGGACAUGUUUGAACAGUCAUGCAUCACUGGUAAUGAAUGGGCUAGGAAUGGGGUCAAGGCCUUUGCCAAGUGGGCCAUGCAGUCCUCCUAAGUGGUGCUAAGAUCACACCUGUCUCUUCUAUAACUUUUAUUGUGGUAUCAUCUCAGUAACAAUGUCAACACAGCUGUUAUCAGAUUAAAAUCAUCAUGUAUCCUGUUUCUAUCAUUGUCAGAGAAUCGGUAUAUGCCAUUCUAGCUAUUUCAGUGUUGAUAUCAUUUUGAAGUCAGUAUAUAUAUAUAUACUGGAAUCAGCUGUCGAGACAUGUACAUUACCAUACUAUAAUCUUAAUACGUUGUGUGUAAUUAUCUUACAGCAAGAAGCAUGUUGUACUGCUGUUUCUGUACUGGAAUCAGCCAACAUUCCAUUACCAUACUGAAAUAAGUAUAUAUAUAUACUUCUGUUUCUGUACUGGAAUCAGCCAACAUUCCAUUCCCAUACUGAAAUAAGUAUAUAUAUACUGCUGUGUCUGUACUGGAAUCAGCCAACAUUCCAUUCCCAUACUGAAAUAAGUAUAUAUAUACUGCUAUCCAAACAAAAGCAGCUUACAUUGCUGUUUCCAUCCUGGGAUUGUCACUGUACGGGACAGCCUACUAUCAUACUGGGAUUGUCACUGUACGGGACAGCCUACUAUCAUACUGGGAUUGUCACUGUACAAGACAGCCUACUAUCAUACUGGGAUUGUCACUGUAC